UCCGCCCCUUCUUCCUGUUCUUCUCCUCCUCCUCCGCCCGCUCCCUCGUCAUGGCGGAGUUCGGAGAGUUGCUGCUGUCGGUUCUGGCCGGCAUCCGUGUGCCACGCCCCGGCGAUCGUGUCCACAAGGACGAGUGCGCCUUCUCCUUCGACGGCCCGGAGUCCGAGGGCGGCCUGUACAUCUGCAUGAACACCUUCCUGGGCUUCAGCAAGUCCUUCGUGGAGAGGCACUACCGCAAGACGGGGCAACGAGCCUUCCUGCACCUCAAGCGUACACGGAUACCGAAGCUCGAUGACGGGAGCAGUGGAGCUGGCGACCCUCCCAAGAAGAAACCCACCCGCCUGGCCAUUGGUGUGGAAGGAGGGUUCGAGGUCGACUCGCAGCCCUUUGAGUACGAGGAGGAGGUGAAGGUGGUGAUCCUGCCGGAGAACGCAGCCAUUCCCCGCGACGCUUUGACGCUGAUGCCGGCCGCGGUGCGGGACCGGGUGUCGGCCUCCGUCGAGGCGCUCCUGGCCGCGGACUCGGCCUCCCGGAAGCAGGAGAUCGAGGCGUGGGACGGGGAGGUGCGGCAGGUGUCGAAGCACGCACAGGGGCUGAAGCAGCUGGACAACAGCCCCCGCAUCCCCCCCUGUGGCUGGCGGUGUGCCCAGUGUGAGCUGAGGGAGAACCUGUGGCUGAACCUGACGGACGGCUCCAUCCUCUGCGGCCGCCGCUACUUUGAUGGCAGCGGGGGCAACAACCACGCCCUGGAGCACUACAGCCGCACCAAGUACCCCCUGGCCGUCAAGCUGGGCACCAUCACCCCCGACAGCGCAGACGUGUACUCGUACGAGGAGGAUGAGAUGGUGCUGGACCCUAAUCUUGCCGAGCACCUCGCCCACUUUGGCAUUGACAUGAUGAAGAUGGAGAAGACGGACAAGACGAUGACGGAGUUGGAGAUCGACAUGAACCAGCGGCUGGGCGAGUGGGAGACCAUCCAGGAGUCGGGGGUGGCGCUGAAGCCACUGUUUGGGCCGGAGUACACGGGCCUGCAGAACCUGGGCAACAGCUGCUACCUCAACGCCGUCAUGCAGGUGGUGUUCAGCCUGCCCGACUACCAGAAGAAGUAUGUGGGAAACCUGAAGAACAUUUUCAAUGACUCUCCUGCUGACCCAACACAGGACUUCAAUACCCAGGUGGCCAAGCUGGGCUGGGGCCUGAUGUCGGGGGAGUACUCGCGAGCCCCGCCGGAAGGCGACGACGAGGAGACAGAGACGGAGGCGGACCGGGCGCACCCAGGCCUCGAGGGUAUCGCGCCUCGCAUGUUCAAAACACUUGUGGGCAAGGGUCACCCGGAGUUCUCCACCAGCCGGCAACAGGACGCCCAGGAGUUCUUCCUGCACUUCGUCAACAUGGUGGAGAGGAACUGCAGGAGUUCCGAGAAUCCGAACGUGGCCUUCCGCUUCCUGGUCGAGGAGCGCAUCAACUGCCUGGUGUCAGGGAAGGUCAAGUACACCCAGCGGGUUGACUACAUCAUGCAGCUGCCCGUCCCACUGGACGCUGCCAUCAACAAAGAGGAGCUGGCAGAGUUUGAGAGGCGGAAGCAGGAGGCAGAGGCGGAGAAGCAGGCAGGCCCGGAGGUGGUGCGCGCGAAGAUCCCAUUCGAGGCUUGCCUCAAUGCCUACGCUGAGCCGGAGCACGUUGACGACUUCUGGAGUACCGCCCUCCUGGCCAAAUCUGUGGCCGUCAAGAGGACCCGUUUUGCCUCGUUCCCCGACUACCUGGUGAUCCAGAUCAGGAAAUUCACCUUCGGACUUGACUGGGUACCCAAGAAGCUGGAUGUAUCGAUCGAGAUGCCCGAAGAGCUGGAUCUCAGCCACCUGCGGGGCAGCGGGCUGCAGCCGGGCGAGGAGGAGCUGCCGGAUAUAGCGCCUCCCCCGCUGGUCACCCCCGACGAGCCCAAAGGUAGCUUUGGCUUCUAUGGCAACGACGAUGACGACUCCUUCUCCUCUGCCCGCUUCUCCUCUCCGACAUCCCCGGUGCUGGAUGAGUCGGUCGUGGUGCAGCUGGCGGAGAUGGGGUUCCCGAUGGAGGCGUGCCGGAAGGCGGUCUUUUACACGGGCAACAGCGGUGUGGAGUCCGCCAUGAACUGGGUCAUGUCUCACCUGGACGAGCCAGAUUUCGCCCAGCCUCUGCUCUUGCCGGCGUGCGGCAUCCCUGGAUCUGCGGCAGCUGCCCCCGAGCCUCCCCCGGAGGAGAGCGUGGCCACCAUCUCCUCCAUGGGCUUCUCCCGGGAUCAGGCCCUGCGGGCCCUCAAAGCUACGAACAACAGCGUGGAGCGGGCUGUCGACUGGAUUUUCAGCCACAUCGAUGACCUGGAUGCCGAGGCAGUCAUGGACGUAUCUGAGGGCCGGUCAGCGGCCGAAUCCGUGUCCGAAAGCAUGCCGGCUGGACCCAAGGUCCGCGAUGGGCAAGGCAAGUACCAGCUCUUCGCCUUCAUUAGCCACAUGGGUACUUCAACGAUGUGCGGCCAUUACGUCUGUCACAUCAAGAAGAAAGGGAGGUGGGUGAUCUACAACGACCAGAAAGUCUGUGCCUCCGAGAAGCCUCCCCGAGACCUGGGCUACAUCUAUUUCUACCAAAGAGUCGCCAGCUGAGGAUCCGCCAGCCACCUAUUUAUUGUACAGACCGAGCCGAGUGACUGGCACUGCCGGGCACGUGGGACUUGUCCUGGGGGCCUCAGGGGGAGGGGAGGGGCG